AUGGCCGCCGCAGCCAGAAGAAACAUCAUCAAACAAGUCUACGAGAAUCCCCGAACGGGCUUUGGCAAUCAGGAGCAAACCUUGAGACAGGCCAGAGCUCAGGAUCCCACCAUAACCAGUGGCGAAGUGCGCCAGUUCCUGGAUUCACUGAUCGUUCGUCAAGACAGGCCGGAAAGGGGGUACAACAGUUUCGUCCCUCCACAGCCUAUGUUUCAACUACAAGUGGAUUUGGCUGACAUGACGGCUUUCGCACAGGGACCAGUUUUGCAUGACGCCCCGCCGCCCAAGAAGGGACCCUACAAGCACAUGCUGGUAGCCAUCGACAGCUUCCCUAAGAAACUCACAGCUAUUCCCAUGACCAACAAGCUGGCCUCCACAGCGGCGCAAGCCUGGAACAAAGUGGUCCAGGACCUCGGAAUCCCGCUGAAUGUUUAUAGCGACGAUGGCUCUGAAUUCAAGCGAGAGUUCAAAGAGAGAUUAGAUUACUUUGAUGUCGACAAAAUCGUGUCUAGAGGACAUGCCACAGUUGCAGAGAGAGCCAUCAGAACGAUAAAGGAAGCACUGACAAGACGUCUCACUGCGGGAGUGGGGCGUAGAAACCAGUGGCAUCUAUUGCUCCCCGAUAUCAUUGCACAAUACAACGAGAAACCCCACGCAACAACAGGAUUUGCACCACAACAGGUAUACCACGAUCCUCAGAAAGCUGUGAGAGCUUUGACUCGCAUGAAAAGGAAUGCAAGAAGAGGAGCUGAGCCGAGACCCGAGCUGGCUGUGGGAGAUCUCGUGAGAGUCCGCGUCAAACCUAUUGAGGGUCGGGGGUCUUACAGGGUUACAGAAGUAGCAUGGUCAGAGAGAGCCUACACCAUCUCACAAAUAGAGCACACUGAAGGUGGACCCUACUUCUACCUCGGCUGGUAUUGUGUGGUUGGUACUGUGCGGCCAGUGAUGCUGAUGUGA